UACGUGUGCACAAAGGGAGAGAUAUUCAGUCCUGAGUGAAUGGACAUCAUUAUCUGUACUGUCCCACUGUGACUGGGUGAACUUUGGAUUUUUUUAUGUCAGAUACUGGGAAGAUGAUGCUCCCCUCUCUUCUUGGGAUCUUGUGCGUGAUCUCUUCAGUUAUUUGUGUGAGGCAGCCAGCUGAUGAUUACUGGGGAGAGUAUGGGCCGUAUGGAGCCUGCAGCCGCACCUGUGGCACCGGAGUAGCCGUGAGAAACAGGGUCUGCAACACUAUGAGGACGGACGGUGGACACAAUUGCGUGGGGCCAUCCAAAUCCUACAAACUCUGUAACACACAAGAAUGCCCUGCUGGACCCAGAGAUUUCCGUGAAGAACAGUGUUCUCAGUUUGACCGCAUUGAAUUCCAGGGAAAGCGUUACACCUGGCUGCCAUAUUAUGGAGCUUCAAACCCAUGUGAGCUGGUGUGUGUGCCCAGAGGAGAGAACUUCUACUACCGUCACCGACCCACUGUCGUGGAUGGCACCCCAUGCUACAUGGGCCGUAGUGACGUCUGUGUGGAGGGUGUCUGCAGAGCGGUAAGCCAUGAGGAGAUUGUGGUAGUUGAAGAUCACUCUUUUCCUGUCUCACCCAGACAUGGUCCUGGGGCAGCUUCCCAUAUAAUAGACACUUUCAGGUACACAUAUGACUCCUAUUCAGAGUGUUCAGUUCACUGUGGUGGAGGCAUGCAGAGACGUGCUGUGCAUUGUAUUAAUGAGAGAACAUCAGCAGCUGUAGAUGAAUCUCACUGCAUGGCACAAGGCCUCAGGAGACCAACUUCCCAGCUAGCCUGCAACCAGCACCCCUGUGCCGAGUACAGUGUCGGUCCCUUUGGUGAUUGUUCAAUGACGUGUGGUGAGGGACAACAGACACGAGAGGUGUUCUGUGUCGGGGGCAGAGGAGAGCACAUUCCUGAACACCACUGCAGUGGUCUCUCACGCCCACAUGAUGUCAGAUCCUGUCAGAGACCAGCUUGCCACCAAGUUUUUAAAUACUACACUGGGGACUUUAGCCUGUGUACCCGAAGCUGUGGAACUGGCACUCGGAAGCGCAGUGUGGUGUGCAUGGAUUUGGAUCUCAAUCAAUAUGGAGAUGAAAGAUGUACUUCUCUUAGCAAACCUCAUGCUGUGGAGAACUGCAACACACAGCCCUGCCCUGGUGCACAGAUGGUGCCCAGCAUGCAGAACCCCAGUGGUUACGAGAACUCCUUGCGUGGAUUUGUACCUCAUACCCAUGAUGAACACUCAGUUCAUAGACCAAGCGAUCCAUACCCUCCUGUGUCUGGCCCACAUUGUGCUCAGUCAUAUUACGGCUGCUGCCCCGAUGGCCAUACUGCAGCCUCUGGCCCUCAAGGAGAAAGCUGUGCUCGGGAAGAUUGUUACAGAAUGAGAUAUGGCUGCUGUCUGGAUGGAGUAACAGCUGCACAAGGUUUUGGAAGAGCAGGAUGUCCUGAUCCCAUCUAUAGGGAUUAUAGCCCAGUCCUUCAGUCCUCUGCUAGUGCAUGCUCUUUGGCACAAGAUGUUGGGUCCUGCUAUGAAUGGACAUCUCGUUUCUACUUUGAUUCUUCCUCUGGAUCCUGCUCACAGUUCUGGUAUGGUGGUUGCCAAGGCAAUGGCAAUAACUUUGUAACCAAGGAGGAAUGUGAGUGGACAUGCAAGGGUCCUGCAAGAGGUUUGGCACCAAGGGAGCCAACAUCCAGGAGAGGGGUCAAUGGGGUCAGAGGGUAUAGACUGAGGUCACGUGCACGUGCAUGAGUGGGAUAGAAGGAUUACUGAAAUCCCAAUAAUAAACACACAGAUCCAACUUGCAUACAUGUUCUCAGCUAAAAUAUACAGUACAUGACAAAAUGGUUAUUUAAUGGUUCACUCAGUAAUUUUUAUGUAGUGCUUACUGAUGCUUAUUGUCAUGGAUGCAGCAAAAUCUCAAAGACAAAAGUUUUCACUAACAGAUACCAUUGCAGUAAUGCCUAUUUGCAGUCUGCCAUGAUUCAUUUGUUCUGUGAGCAAAAGUGUCCAAGUGAAACUUUAAGCUUUUUAUUUUCAGUUCUGAGAAACUGUUCACUUAUUUAUAUGACUAGUCAAACCUAACAGCAUCAGAACAGCAAAUACAUUUUAAUGAUUUCAUGUAAAUACAUAUUUGCUGAUGUGUAUAAUUAAGCUAAAAGAAAAUGCUGGAAUGUUAUAUCCUUCCAGUCACAAUGCUUUUUAAUUAAUAUGUUGUCUGUGUACUUUACUUUAACUUUAUUUUUGCUAUUGCCAUUUAAGUGAGAACACAAACCAUGAACAUUGACUGUGGAUGAUUUCACUUAAAGGGCACUCGCAGUGCACGCUUGAGGAUUAACUAGAAUAAAAAUGUUCUAUGCAAAA